UUCCCCUCGCCCUCUGAGCUGUGUGACUUUUGCCUCUGCGUCCACUUUUCCACGUGAAUUUUUCUGGGGUGGGUUGGCACGUGGGGGCUGCACUUUAGCAGGCUGGCCUGCCCUGUCUCUUCUGCGUUGGAACUCGUGAGGGCUCAAGGUUUGGGGGUGCCAGAUACUGUCCUGGUCUCUCGUUUUGCACAUGCCCGUCUGGCACUGAUGAGUUUUGUUUCAGAAUUCGCUGGGCCUUAGUUACCUUGCUCAUCCUACAUGAAGCACAAUCAUGACAGAUCAAGAAUAUAUCCUAUGCAAAUGGAAGAACCGUUUAUGGCCAGCAAAGGUUUUAUACGAAAACAGAACUUCCAGAAGACCAAUUGUUGCUAAAGCAAAAGCAGCCUCUUUCAAAGUUGAAAUACUCGGUCUGGAAGAACAGACUAAUGUGGACUGUACGGACACGGAGCCUUUGGAGGAGGAGCGCAUAAAAAUCAUUGCCUCUGAAUUAGACCAGAGGAAUAAACCUAGUCACCCUGUGGAAGAACUGAAGUAUCGGAAAGCUCUUAAAAUCGCUCUAGAUAUUUUGAGUGCCUCUCCGAAACAAGUAAGACCUUCAGAUGAGGGACGAACUACUCGAUCAGCCCAGAAAGAAAAUAAAACAAGAACUUCAUUAUCUCCUCCCGUGACUAGAUGUCCAAUAUCUUCCCCAAAAAUAAAAUUGGAAGGGGGUGAGACCUUGAAGAAAAAAAAGAAACAAAAGACAACCAGUCCACAAACUGAUACAGAAAAAAACAAACGAAAAUGUCGGCUCAGUUCCAAGGAGACGGCUAAAACACAUGGAAACAGAACAAAUUCUUUAGUAUCUAAAUCUGGGGACUUUUCUAGCACAUGGAAGUCAGAAAGCCAGCAUUGCAAGACAGCUAAAUCAAAACUAAAAACAUUAACUCAACAGAAAAAAGUAAAAUCCAAAUUGUUGCCAAAGUCCAAAACAGGAAAAAGCUCAUCGCUUUUGCUAAAAGAGAAUGAGAAAAGGAAGAAAGGAAGAAAGAGACCAAGAGAUGCAAGCGAAUCCUCAUCUCCUAGCACUAAAUCCCCAGAUGAUACAGCACGUGUUUUUGUUAGAGAGAGUACCCCAGUAUCUGCUUCCUGCAAUUCUACUAUGUUAAUAUCUGCUGGAAAAAGGCCAAAUGUUAGGGGUUUGCCCAAAAAGAGAUUACUGGAUUUUUCUAUUACAAGUACCUCACCUGAAUUAGAGAGUAACAGCAGUGAAGAAAGAGACACUCCAGCAAGGAAAUAUAAAAUGUUAGAUGGGAGCAAAAAGCCAGUGAAUUCAAAGUGUGUUAGCUGGAAACAAAAGACUACUGCAGUGUCACCUCUGCACAGAAAAGGGGGAUGCAUAAGUGGCCCUGAACCUUUAUCUGGGGCUUCUCAACACACAAAUUAUUCUGAUAGCCCUCUUUCUGAGUUUAAAAAAGAGGAGAAUAAGGAUACUUCAUACAGUCCUGUGAAUAAAACUAAAAACUGUCAGCUACCUGAUUUUGAGGAAGACGAAGAAGGAUUGGAAUCCUCUGAUCUGUCUUUGAAGUUUAGCUCUCCAGGAGAUAUCUCUCUCGAUACAACUUUGGUAGAUGAGGCGGAAGAAGAGGAAGAUGAAGAACUUCCUAGUAUUCUUUUACGUCAAGAACCAUGUUCAAUUGAACCAGGGAUGUUGGUCUGGUGCAAAUUGCGAAGAUAUCCAUAUUGGCCAGCAGUGAUAAAAAGAGUGACGCGGAAAUAUAAAAAAGCAAAUGUGCUGCUAAUAGAAGCGGGUAUGAAUAACAAGAAGGCAAAGGGUUUCUCUAUAGGUCUCAAAAAUCUAAAGCACUUUGACUGUAAAGAAAAGCAGAAGCUAAUAGACAAAGCCAAAGAGGACUACAGCCAGGAAAUUGAGUGGUGCAUUGAAUUGAUUGCUGACUACAGAAUUAGAGUAGGUUGUCGUUCUUUUACAGGAUCCUUCUUGGAAUACUGUGCUGAUGACAUCAGCUAUCCAGUUAGAAAAGAAGUUAAUCAAGGUAAAUUACGAAUGACCUUCCCAGUCAUAGCAGAGGAAGACCUUGAAGAAUCUUUGUCAGAAACUGCACCUAUCAAACCCUCCAAGAAAGUUCUUCCUGAUAGAACAAGGGCCGCCAGAGACAAAGCCAACUCAAAGAUAGUUGACUUCAUAGUGAAGACAAAGGGGGCAGAAGAGCAUCUUUUGGCUAUUUUGAAAAGCAAAAAGCAGUCCAGAUGGCUGAGAGAAUUUCUGAAUUCAAGUCAGUAUAUGACCUGUGAGACCUACCUUGAGGAUGAAGAGCAGUUGGACCUCGUGGUGAAUUAUUUGCAAGAAGUCUGUCAUGAAAUAGAUACCAGGAAGCUGGAUGUAAAAAAUGGUGAUAGAAUAAAAUUUAUUUUGGAUGUCCUUUUGCCUGAAGCCAUCAUUUAUGCAAUUUCUGCUGUGGAUGAUAUAGACUACAAGAAAGCAGAGGAGAAGUACAUAAAGGGACCAUCUGUCAGCAAAAGGUAUGGUGGUUAUUGUAAUCUCCAGAAUUUUACUUGUCAGACUUUUCGCCUAGAAAUUAGCCUGAUUCUCACCCAUCUUUGCAUAAAAAAUCAGCAUGUAGCCCCAACUUUCAGUUCAUAAGGAAAUAAGACUCAUUAGGUUUUACCUUGUUUUCUCAAUCAGUAAAAUCUUCUCAAAAGUGGGCUUUUCUAGCCGUCCCUCAGCUUUUGCAAAAAUAUUACUCUAUAUUCAUAU